AUGCUAACUCAGUCAUCUCUUUCAGAAAAGUUUGUUGAUUUUAUGCGAGAGACAUUAAAAACAAAUGAUGCUUUGAUCUCGCAACAAACUAAACUAUAUGAAUUCGGAUGCACUAACAAAGAACUGAGCGCAAUAUUUAUGUCAAAGGCAGAAAAGGUCAAUGUUCUUACUGCUAAAGAGUUAAUUGAUAUUGGUGUUGCAAAAGUCAAAGAUUUAAAUCUGGAAAGUUCCACAGAAAUGCAAUUUUUGCAAGCGAAAUUACAACAUGUUUUUGGAAUUACCGACGAUGCUACCACCUCGGCCAUUGAAAACCAUUGA